CAUGUUUCAGAUCAGAUCAUUACAGGUGAAUGGUAAAAAAGAAGAAGAUGGACUUAUGGUCAGUUGGUUACCUGAUGGUUUACUUUUGGAAAUCUCCAAAAAUAAGACGACAAUGUCUCUUAAUCAGAUAGAGACGCUUAAGAGACGUUAUGGCGAAGAAAUUGACGAUUUUCAACAAGAGUUUGAAAAAAGGGCUGUGAAAGAAGAGCUUAAAAAAGAACUAGAUGAAUUAAAGAAGAAGUACGGUGAACAAGAUGAAUUAUUCGCCUAUAUAGAAAGGAUAUUUAAAGAUAUUUAUUAUAAAUAUACAGCAAAAUUAAAGGAAAAGUUCGAGAAAGAAGAUGACAAAUAUGCAGAAGCGUUUAAGAAACUAUUCGAGGAACAAAAGGAAGAGAAUGCCUAUACUAUCAAUAGUCUUAAGCAAACAAUAGAUCGUCUUGAGGAGAAACACGAAAACGAUGUUGCGGGACUUCAAAAACAAUACGAACACGAGAUUGUUCAUCUCAAGGACGUUGUAAAUAGUCUAAGUCAAAAGCCUUUAGACGCAAUUACGGAAGAAGAAGAAGAAGAAGAAGAAGUAGAAUCUCCGCAACCUUCUAGAAUUCCUAAGAAAAAGAAAGAUUCGCUUUCAUCCUAUGCUUUAACGGCAAUAUCCGAUUCGGAGGAAAGUGAAGAUGAACUAGAUCAUAGGGAAAUUGAAAUUGAUUUGAAAAUUGAAAGAUUAAAGGCCGAAUUCGAAGUUGAAAAGGAGAGUUUAAAACGUCUUAUAAUAAGGAAAGAUGAAGAACUUGAAUCGAAGGAUCGAAUUAUUAAAAAAUUCGAUAUUGAAAUGGAAACACUUCAACGGGAGAACGAAGAAACUUUUCGUAACGUUGAAGAAUCUUAUAGAAAACGGAUUGAUAAGAUGCAAGAGGAAAUCGAUAAAGCAAAGCAAGUAAUUAGUUCAAAAGAAACCGAGAAAUUAGAUUUACAAAAAGUCGUUGAUGAACAGGAAGCCACUCUCGCCGAAGCUAGGUCAAGGUCGAAUUCUCAGGAUGAAAAUAUUGAAUCAUUUGCCAGGAGUACUAAUAAAUUAGCUAUAGAUCACGCAAUUGAAUUAGAAAGUUUAAGAGAAAAUCAUAAAAUUGAACUAAAAAAGUUUAGUGAUAAGUACGAAAAUCUCUGUGAUAGUUCAAAAUUGGAGAAGAAUCAAUUAAUAAAGGAAUUAGAAGAAGUUCGUCAAUCGAACGAAAUAUUACGAGAUGAAAAGAGGCAAUUGAAUGAUGAUAUAAUUCUAUUACAGUCGAAUUUUGAUACAGAAUUAAUUAAAGUAAAGUUAGAAUUGGAAGAAAAGCAAAAGUUGGUAAUUGAAGACAAGAUGAAAAUUAUAAAACAGCAAUCAACCGAUGACGAUUUAAUUGCUGAUAAAAUGGCUGCUGAUAAAGAGAAUUACGAGUUAUUAGAAGAGUUGAAAUUGGCUCAAAGACAAUUAGAGCAUAGAGAAAUAGAACUUGACGAUUUAAGGCAAAAGUAUGAUAAAUUAAAAAUUGAAGGUAAAAAUACAGAAUUAGAAGAAGAAAUUGAAGAAUUAAAGAAGAAAAUUAAUGAAAAAGAUAUAUUAAGCGAAGAAUUUGAAUUAAAAAUGAAAAAUUCUAUUCAUGAAUACGAAAAUAAAGUUAAAAAUCUCAGGGAUGAAUUAGAUUUGGCAAGGGAAGAUUUUAAAACUAGUCAAAUUAAUAUGGAUAUUUACUUAAGACAAAAUGAAGAAAAAGACAUUCAAAAUAAAGAUUUAGAAAUUCAAUUAGGAGAAAAUUUAAGUAAAUUGAACGAAUUUCUUGAACAAUUCGAUAGACAGGAAACUGAAAUUCAAAAUCUAAAAAAUAACUUGGAUAGUAAAAAUACAGAAAAAACACAAAUAGAAAAUGAAAUAAUUCAAUUAAAAGAAGAGAAGUCUCUUUUAAGUUAUAAAGUAGACGAAUUAAACACUGAACUAGAAAGGGAGAAAAAGAGUUCAGAAAGCUUUGCAACAGCAAUGGAAGCGAAAUUGGCGGAAGAUUUAAGAAUACAGGAAGAAGAUCAUAAAGAAGAAAUGUCGAAUAAAUCAAGUAUUGAAGGUAAAAAUAUGGAGGAAUUGAAAAAGAGAGUUCAGGAGAGCGAAAACGAAUUGGAAAAUUCUGGUAAAAGGAUUGCGUGCUUAGAAGAUGAAAAACAAGAUUUAUGUAAAGAAAAUAGAGAUUUAGAAGAUCGUUUACGAACUUUGAAAGAGGAUUUUGAUAGGGAAACUCGAGAAAGAGAAGAUGAAAUUGAACAAUUGAAGAAGACGAUUCAAGAAAGUCAGAUAGAAAUUCAAACUCUUAAAGAAACAUUGAACAAAAUGGAUUCUGCCGACGAAGAAAAAUCUAUACCAGAGUAUGUGGAGAGUGAGGAAAGUGUUACUCAGGAUAUAUCUGAGAAUAUUGAAGAGGCUGAAGAUUUAGAUGAGGUUAGGACGGAAGAAAACGUUUCGGACGAUGCAACAAAGUCCGAGAGACUAUCUGGCUUAUUAGCUGAAAGCGUUCAGAGCAUAAUUUCUGUGGAGGAUACUAUAAACAAAAUUUUGAAUAAAGCAAGAAAAAAUGCCGAAGAAUAUACGAUACUUCAGGGAGAAGCCUUUGAACUUACUCAGAAACUUGUGAUAUUUGGUGAGGAAACAGCUCCCGAUGCAAGCGUUGAACAAAUGGUUCAAGAUUCAAGUUUACACCUAUCAAAGGCUGUUGAUCGUCUUGCUACACUAUAUGGUCACGUUGAAAAAAAUUUAAUUAAAGAGACUUUAUCGGCUAGAGAUUCUACGCAGAAAGCUUCAGAAUUCAGGGAACUUUACCAAGAGUUCGAAGUUCGAUCGAAAGAAUUAGAGGAUGAGAGGAAUCAAUUAUCAUUAGAACUUCACCAGGAAAAACAAAUUGUUGGUGAAAGAGAUCAAAAACUUGUUCAAAUAGAAGAGGAUGUGAGAUUAUUAGAAACCGAAAGAAAUAUUAUAUCAUCUGAUUUGGAAAAAGUUACCGCUCGUUUAGAAGAACUAUUAAACGAAAGAGCCGAUUUUCAAGAAGAGAAAGAUCGCUUCUCUCUACAGAAGGAAGCUAUGGAAGAAAAUGCUGGAGAAGAGGAUAAAGGUUUAUUGGAAGCAUACAAUAAUCUGGCUAAAGAGAAACAGGAGGGCGAGAGAGAAUUUGAAAAAUCUAGAGAAUUCAUGGAAAAUCGUAUUAAAGAAUUAGAAGUUAUGGUUGACGAAGUUCAAAAUCAGUUUGAUCAGAUUCUAAUGGAGAAAACAAAUGAAAUUGAAGAUUUAAAUAAUUUAUUAGAAGCUAAAGAAAAGCUAAUUCAAACAAGUGCAAAAUUCUUAAAAGAUCAAACGGACGAAAGGGAACAAGAAAGGGAAGAUUAUCAGAAUGAGAUAUUAAAAUUAAAGGAAACUUUAAAAGACCAAGAAAAGGAUAACUCUAGUCAAGAAAAUAUGAUUCAGAAAAUACAAGAUCUUGAAGAACAGAUGAACUAUUUCAAAAAUAAACAUCAACAAAGCGAAGAAGAAUUAAAUCAAAUGAAAAGUGAAAAUCAAACAGUUCAGAAUAGUCUUAUGGAUAACAAAGAGAUUAUUCGAGGUUUAGAAGAAGAGCUAGAAUCGUCCUUGAAUCAUGAACAAGAAUUUAAAAAUAAAAUUACCUCUCUUGAAAACGAACUUAAAGAUGUUCGGGCCAAUGUAAAUACUCAGGAAAAUGUUCUCGAAGAGGAGAAACUCUGUUCACCUCCUCCCGAGGAACACAUUUUAACAGAUCUUCGAAAUGAAGUUGAAACUGCCAAAAGAGGGGAAGAAAAUGCUUUGAAGAGAUUAACUGAAUUAGAGGAGGAAUUAAAAUGUAGCCGUAAUAACGAAAAGAUAUUACUGGCCGAUAAGGAUGGACUCCAAAAUCAGCUGUUAACAAGUACAGCUUCAAUAUCUGAACUACGAGCUCAAGUUGACAAGCUUCGAGUGGAUUUCGUAGAUAGAGAUGUUAUUGUUGAAGAGAAUAGUAAUCUUAGAGAAGAUUUACGAGUAAAUAGAGAAAUAAUAUCUGAAAAACAACUUAUAAACGAUCAAUUAGAAUUGAAACUUAAAGAUUUAGAAAAUAUCCUAAGACAGAAAGAUGAACAAUUGGAAAAUUUGUUACACAGUAAUGCGCAAUCUCUUAACGAAUUAGAAGAUAGCAGAAAGGAAUUAAUAGAAAAAAUUGAAAAUUUAGAAAGCGAUAAUGAUGAAUUAGAAAAACAAAAGAAAUCUUUAACUGAAACUUCCAGUUUUCCAGAUUUAACGCAAAAAUUGCUUGAUGAUAAAAAUUUAGAGAUUGACGAACUGCGUGAAGAGAUUCAAAAUUUGAAAAAACAUGAUAAUAGUGAAAAUAUUACGUUAGCUACGAGAAAUAACGAACUUAAUGAUGAAUUGAAAAAUAAACAAAUACAAAUUGAUGAUAUGUCAAUAAGAAUUAGCAGUUUUGAAAAUGAAUCUAUUCAAUAUAAAGAGAGUUUAAUUGAAAUGGAUCAAUUAAAACUUAAGAUUGAACAGUACGAAGAUGAAACGAAUAAUUUGAAAAAGAAAUUAUUACUUGUCGGAGAGGAGAAUGAGAGACAUAUUAACGCGAUUAAUGAAGAUAAUGAAAAUUUAAGGAAAGAAAUUGACAAGCUAACUACUAAAAAUGAUGAAUUUGAAGUUGAACAUUCCAAUUUAAAGGCUGAAAUAGAUAAAAUAUCUUAUUUACAAAAAGAAGAUGACACUAUUUUGGCUAAUAAAAGUAAAGAAGUGGAAGAAAAACUUUUAGAAGUUGAUCAGUUAAAAUUUAAUUUACAGAUGAAAGAUGAAAGUUUAAUUGAAUUACAACAAGAGCUAAAUCAAAUAAAGGAUAACAAAUCUGAUGAACUCGCUAAAGCUGAAGAAUCCUUACACGAGGUUAAAUCUAUGUUGGAAAUAUCUGAAAAAAUGAAAGAUGACCUUAAUAAUCAACUUUUAGAAUUACAAAAUAUCAAUAAAGAAAAAGAGGAAUUAAUUGAUAAGCUAACGGUAGAGCUGGACGCUGCUAAAGCGUCUACAAUCGGCCUUGGAGCCGGUGACGUUUCCAAUGUUCAAGAGUUACAAUCGCAAGUUUUACAUUUAAAGGAACAUUUAGAAAUUAAAGAAAUUAGUAUCGAGUCUCUGGCAAAAGACCUGGAGUUGUCUACUAAUAAGGUAAAGGAAUUGCAAGAACAAUUGGAUUGUUCCAUUAGCGAAUCCGAUAAUAAACUAAAAGAAAUUGAAAACGAAUUAAAGGCUGAAAGAACCAAAGUAGAUUUCUUAGAAAACGAGAAAAAUAAUGCUUUAGAUACAAUAAAAAACUUAAAUGAAGAAUUUAACGAUUUAAAAUUAUCCUCUCACUCUGCAGAAGAAGAAGCGAAGUCUCAGUUGGAGGAUCUUCAAGAAGAAAAUUCCCAACUUAAAAAUGAGAAAGUCUUACUUCAUGAAAAUAUCAAUAAUCUCACAAAGGAUCUUGAAGAAUUUAGAGCCCAAUUAGUAAAGAAAGACGAUUCUCAGAUAAAAUAUGAAAGUUAUGUAGAUAUUGAAAAUUUACAAAAAGAAAAAUCUGAACUAUUAACAAAAGUACAAGAUUUAACCAAAGAAAUUGAAUCAGUUAAAGAGGAGUUGGAUUCGCUUAAGAAGGACAAAACUGAAGACGUUGAAAAGUCCAAAUCGGAAAAGACUUUGGAAUUGGAAGACGUUAGAGAAGCGUUACGGGAGGCAAAUGAAGAGAUAAAACGAUUAAAGCUAUCAAAUAACAAAGAAUUAUUAAGAAUAAAUGAAGUCAAUAAAGAUCUACAAAGAGAAAUUGAAGAAUUAAAAAUUUGCCACGAACAAGAGCUUUUAGAGUCAAAACUUCGAUUGGAAGAAACUGAGAAAUUUCUAGAAGAUUUAAGGAAUGGAAAAGAGAAUGAGAAAGAAGUUGUUCAAUCUCUUUCAGACGAAAUAGAGGAAACAGUAGCUUUAGAUGCACAAAUUCAAAGUUGUCUUGGUACGGAACAUGAUCAGAACACGGUCAAAGUUAAUUUCGAAGAAGACGAAGAUUUAGACGAAAAGUUACAGCAAGUUUUAGGCAAAUUAAUAUCGAAAUCUGUCAAAGUGUUAACAUUGUCAGAAAUAGAAUUUAUUUCUAAACAAAAUGCAGAUUCUGUAGUAAAUGGGAUGAUGCAUAUGGAGGCAAAGGAGGAUACUUUCGAAAACGAGGUGGAACCUUUCAUCGAUUCUAUUAAAAAUUUGAGCAUAACUUUAGAAAAUUUAAAAUCUGAUGAGCAGUUAGAAAAUGAUUGGCGACAAGAUUUAAUACGUUCAGUUUAUGACGUCUUAAUUCAAGAUCGCAAUAUAUUACGUACAGAGAUAUUAAAAUUAGAUGGAAAUGCAGAUUUAACCCUUAUCGAAAGGAAAAUAAAUGGAAUUGCAGCCGCUCAUGAGAGAGCUUUAAAUGAAUUACAUUCAAUUGAUAGAAAAACGCUUUUAGAUGAGAUAAGAAGUCUAAAAUCGAAAUCUUCUAAUUUUGAAGAUAGAGAAAGACAGGAGUUUACGAGAGAAAUUGGACAUUUAAAACGUCAACUCAAACUAUCUGAGUAUAAAAUUGAGCAAGAAAAAGUACAAUCUGAAGAAAUAAGAUCGUUGUUAGAAGAAGAAAAAUCUAAAUCUAGACAAACUAAUGUUCAAUUAUUUUCAACACAAACUGAAUUAUCUGAUUUAAAAUUAGAAAUUAAUGGAAAUAGAAAUGAAUUAGCUAAUCUGCAAGAUACUCUUGAAAUUGAACAAGGAAGAGUUAUGACAGCUACAUCUGUCUUGGAACAAAUGCUAAAUUCAUUGGAAAAUGAGAGGAGAAAGAUAGCAGAACUUCAAUCGUCUCUAGCUGUUGAAAAAAGUAACGCUGAUAGAAUUCAGCAAGAACUUUUAGCCGAAAGACAAAAUUCUAAAAGGGAAAAUGAUCGUCUAACGUUAAGUCUACAAAGUAAACAAGCGGAUUUAGAUAAAGAAAAGGAAAGGCGUCUAGAAGCGCAGAAUAACUUUGAUAGGGAGAGAACGAUGGUAUCCGCCUUACGAAGAGAUGUUGAAGCGGAAAGAGAUCAGAGUAAGACAAUUCAACAUCGUCUAAGAGCUCAGUUAAACGAUGCUAAACGGACUAUUGAAGAAUUAAAAGAUUCCCUGUCUGAAAGUCAAUCUUCGUUAAGAAAAGAGAAAAAUGUGGUAGUUCAAUUUAAAGAAUCCCUUGAACAGGAAAGGUCAAAUAGAAAGAAAUUUUCUGAUAGGGAGCGAUCCGUAGUAAAUGAAUUAAGAUCAGCUUUAGAGAUAGAAGAAUCAAAGGUCGACAAAUUACAAAAGAGAAUUACGGAUUUUCACGAUAAGAGCUACGAUCAUGAUCUUGCCAAGCAAUUGAAAAUUGCAGAAGAUGAACUGUUAACGAGGCCAACGCUCGCUGAAGUACAAAGACUACAGCAAAGAAUAGAUGAACUAGAAAAACAACCUCCCGAGCCAUAUCGAAGAUGCCUUAAAACAACAAAAGAUCAGAUUACGGAUCUUGUCAAUAGGAGUGAGCUGUCAACUGAUCCAAAUGUUCGAAACAUAGCUCAAGAUCUUAUGGAUAUUCUACAAGAUUUACAAGCGAUAGAAGCAGACGUUCAUGGCUUAGGUACCUAUAGUGAUAUAAAUGAAUCCUCUGUGAUUGGAGCUAGUGAAGCCACAACAAGACUAAUUAGGGAGUUAAAAGAUGAAAUGAAACGGAUGAAAAUAGCGGUAAUGGAUAAAGAUGAAGAAUUACAAGCUUUUAAGAGGAAAUAUCGAAGUCAUGUGACUGAUACGGAAAGAUCAAAGUUAGAGAAGGAAAUAUACGAGUUAAAAACAGAGCUUCACAUAGUGAAGAGGCAAUUAAAUGAAACUGAAUUUGAAUUAGAUAAAUCAAGGAAGAGUGAUCCUACAAUGUUACGCCAAAAAUUAAGAGACAUCCACUCAAAAUACCUAAAAGCGGAAAGUCUAAGAAAAUCACUAGUUUAUCAAAAGAAGUACCUCCUGCUAAUGUUAGGAGGUUAUCAGGAAACUGAAGAGCAAACUUUAAGGAUAUUAGCUAGCAUGGGUGGAAGUCCCGAUAAAAGAACUCUGUCUUCGAGAUACGUUUCUCCAUUGCAUAGGUUUAAGAGUGCUGUUUGCGCUGUAUGCGCCGUCUGGCGUUUAAAAUUUUACGUUAGACAUUGGAAAAGAACAUCAAAAAUAGGUGGACAAGCUUUAACGUCUACGAGUAAUGGUUAUUUAUCAGUUAGUAAUAGAUUCGAUGAUCUAGAAAUACGUUCGUCGUCAUCUUCAAUUUCAACCUUAUCAAAUUAUCAAGCAGACGAAGAGAUGCGUCUCUAUUUAAAUAGAUUGGAACAACUACAACGUAAAUUACAACCAUCUUCACAGAAGAGCUUUCUUAGUUACGACUACACAUAG